GUAUCCGUUGGAAGGAGCAGAAACGGAGAAGCUUUGUGUGGUUCUUUCGAGCUUCUGCUUGAAAUAUUUCUUACAUUGUUUGCAGAUGGAAAAUGCCAGAAACUGAUGGAUUAUGGUGAAUGUUCCAAUAUUUGAGACUUUCCUUCACAUUUUGGGCGCUUGAGUGGGAGAAUCAUUAGUGGAAGUGUUCUGAUCUGCGUGAAAUUUUUUAAUUGCGUUGGACGGUCCCAUUCUUUCCAUCAUGGUUGCCGCAGCUGCCAGCUCAGCAUUUUUCCCCAUUGCCCAGGCAUCAUCGGGGAAGGCAUCAAUGGUGCUUGGAGGAGCAUCAGACAAUUUGGAUAGUCGAGGAAUUAAGUCAAAAUUUGCUUCUUCUUCGGGUGGUUUGCAUGUUAAGACAAAUGCCCAAGCUCCUCAUAAGAUCAAUGGUACCCCGGUUAGUCUGGCGACACCUACCGAAGUUUUGAGGAAGGAAGAUGAAACAUCAUCGCCUCCCCCAAGGACUUUUAUUAAUCAAUUACCUGAUUGGAGUGUGCUUCUUGCUGCGAUCACGACAAUCUUCUUGGCUGCUGAGAAGCAGUGGACGCUUAUUGAUUGGAAACCUAGGCGCCCUGACAUGCUUGUUGACCCAUUUGGUCUUGGGAGGAUUGUCCAAGAUGGGCUUGUUUUCAGUCAGAAUUUCUCAAUUAGAUCAUAUGAGAUAGGUGCUGACCAGACAGCUUCUAUAGAAACGUUGAUGAAUCAUUUACAGGAAACAGCACUUAACCAUGUUAGAAGUGCGGGGCUUUUAGGUGAUGGUUUUGGUUCAACGCCAGAAAUGAGUAGAAGGAACCUGAUAUGGGUGGUAACUAAGAUGCAGGUUCUGGUCGAUUGCUAUCCUACCUGGGGUGAUGUUGUUCAAGUUGAUACUUGGGUCAGUGCAUCCGGGAAGAAUGGCAUGCGUCGUGAUUGGCUUAUCCGUGACUGCAAGACUGGUGAAACUCUCACACGUGCUACCAGUGUGUGGGUGAUGAUGAAUAAACACACAAGGAGAUUAUCUAAAAUGCCAGAGGAGGUUAGAGGAGAAAUAGAACCUUAUUUCAUUGAUUCUGCUCCCAUCCUCGAUGAUGAUAGCAGAAAGCUGCCAAAACUUGAUGACAGCACAGCAGACUAUGUCCGAACCGGUUUAACUCCUCGGUGGAAUGAUUUGGAUGUCAAUCAGCAUGUGAACAAUGUGAAGUACAUUGGGUGGAUUCUUGAGAGUGCUCCGAUCUCAAUUUUGGAGAGCAAUGAGCUUUAUAGCCUAACUCUGGAGUACAGGAGGGAAUGUGGGAGGGACAAUGUGAUUCAAUCCCUUACUGCAGUCUGUGAUGAUGGUGAUGGUGGAUCACGAGAUGUUGGUGGCAUCGAAUGUGAGCAUUUGCUGCGUCUUGAGAACGGGGCUGAGGUUGUGAGGGGAAGAACCAAAUGGAGGCCCAAACAGACCAACAAUUUUGGCAUCUUGGGCCAUGUUCCAGCAGAGGGUGCGUAACCAGGUUCUUCAUCCUUUCAGCAGCCUUUGAUUACUGUAUCCCAAAUUGCUUGUGUAGAAUCCUGCUUCAUUUCCUCAGAUUUGUUUCUUUAUUUUUCCCCCUCUUUAUUUUUUAUUUUAAUUUUUCUUAAUUAUAUAACAGAAGCCCUUGUAAUUUUACUGUACGUUUUAUUCAUUGCUUUGAAUGGGAAUGGCAAAGGUGUCUCUUUCACCCC